GUCACUUAACGAAAUGGUGGCAACUUUUGAUAUGAAGAAAGUAUCUCUUUAAACUGCAUCGAAGGGGUACAAGUGAUUGAGACAUAGAUGAUUAUCAUCUAUCCACAAUUAAUCCCUUGCCCUUUUGGAUGUGAUUACAAUUUGUGAAUAAACAUUACGCCUUGAUCUACUACUACUGCUAGCUAGAAAAAAAAGUAACAGGAAAGCCUAUUUUCGAAGCUUUUGCAUAGAUGGGGCAUGUAGCAUAACAUUUAUGAUGUUGUUCAUAUAAUGACAAGUUUGAAGAAAUGACGGAGCCUUUGAGCCCAAUUGGUGAAGUGGAAGAACCAGAGGAAGAAGAAAAUGAAGAAGUUAUCAGCUACGAUGAUCUCAAGAGGCGCAUGUGGAAGGACCAGAUGUUGUUGCAGAAGCUCAAGUCUAUGCGAAGCAGCAGCAAAAAAGAGAGUAUUGAUGAUGAGUCACAACAGGCAAAGGCGCAAGAACAAUCUCGCAGGAAAAAGACGUCCAGAGCUCAAGAUUCUAUUCUCAUGUACAUGGUAAAAAUCAUGGAGGUGUGCGGAGGUCAAGGCUUUGUAUUUGGGAUAGUGCCAGAGAAGGGGAAGCUAGUAACUGGCUCUUCAGAUAGCUUGCGAGGUUGGUGGAAGGAGAAAGUGAAGUUCGAGAAGAAUGCCCCUAUUGCCAUUGCUGAAUGCUUGCCCGGAUUACUGGUGCAGCAGCAGGAGAAUGAUAUAUUGGAUCCUUCCUCCUCAUAUAUGCAUCUUCUUGAAGAACUGCAAGACGCAACUUUGGGCUCACUACUUUCUGCCCUGAUGCAACACUGUAUCCCUCCACAGCGAACGUUUCCUUUGGAGAGAGGAUUAAGCCCACCUUGGUGGCCCACAGGGAAGGAACUGUGGUGGCGUGACCAAGGAUUGUUGGCCCUAGAACAAGGCCCACCACCUUAUAGGAAGCCCCAUGAUUUGAACAAGGCAUGGAAGGUUAGUGUUUUGGCUGCAGUUAUCAAACAUAUGUCUCCUGAUUUAGGCAGGAUGAGGAGGUUGGUGAUUAAGUCCAAGAGCUUGCAAAACAAGAUGACUGCUAAAGAAACAUCUACUUGGUGUAAAGUUGUUAACCAAGAACAAGCCCUUCUCGAGCUCACUCAAAGGGCCCUCAAGAUUUCAGAAGAGGAAGAUGACAAAGAGGAUAAUCUUGCUUUUGAUGGAUCUACUAGUACUUUGAGAAGAAAUGACAUGAAAAGGAAGUCCAACUUUGAGCACCGUGCCAUGAACAUGGAACAGGAUGUAUUUUACGCAUGCCAAAACUUGAACUGCGCACAGAGUGGUUUAGGUUUGGGAUUUGUGGACAAGAAUUCAAGAAUCGAACAUGAGAUAAGCUGUUCCCAUCGUGAUGAUCAGCAACGACUUAAUUUGUCCAUCAACAGUACUACUUUUUCUAGCUUGAUUAAUGAGGCACAAUUGAAGCCACAUGAAGAAAGUAUAUUCGGUAGAGAAGGGGAGAUUAUUUUCCAACAAGAUUUGAUGAACAAUAUGGAGGUAGAAAGGAGCUCUGUAAACUGCCAUACACAAAUAUCAGACGCGGUUCUGGAGAAUUUGAAAAACUUUUGGGGAGACAAUAAUGUUGUCCUUGAACAGCUGGAUUAUGAUCUGACAACUAAUGGGAACAUGAACUCAAAUGGAACUCCAUCACAAGAUGUUGAUCUAAAUCAUGACGCUGCAACUUGUAUUUGGGAUCUGGCUUAUGAUGAUAGAUUUAAAGGUUGAAAAAUUUAAUAGUUGUAGCUAGAGAGAUCAUCUUGUCAUGU